AUGGAUCUGAUUGCCUUCCAGACAUACCACCAUAAUAAACUCUUGCCUCCAUCUACUUCGACCAUGAUUCCUCGUCACGCUCACAAGCGGUCGCUGUCCUCAGAGUACCGAGGGCUCUCCCCCGACAAGACUGUCACCAAGGCCAAAUCCACCACCGAUCUUUCCGAAACAGUUUCCAGAAGUUGCUCCAACUCCCCAUUGGCCAGGUACGAGGAAGACAGUUUCAACACCUUGCAGGAUCCUCGGUUGGCUAUCAAAGCGGAGGUUUCACCGUCAACGUCAUCAACCCACCACCCCGAUCUAAGCAACGAGGUCGCAGCACUAAGUGUGAAACUGAUUCAGGCGAUUAACAACCAAACACAGUUGGAUGACAGUCUAGGUGCCACGCGCCAGGAGCUGGAACAGGCCCAGGGCAAGGUACAAGCUUUGGAAUUUCAGAAUGAAAAAUACCGACGCGACAUCGAUGAGCAAGUCUACAUCAAAAAGAGCGAUUCGGACCGUGAGAUCCUCCAAUUGCGAACUGCGCUAGCGGAGGAGAGGACGCAACGAGCGAUUGUCGAGAAAGGGAAGAAGACAAUCGAGCAAGAACUCGAGGCACUCACCGCAGAUCUUUUCCAGGAGGCGAACAGGAUGGUUGCUGCGGCCAAGAUCGAGAGGGAAGCGGUUGAAAAGAAGAAUGAGCAAUUGCGAUCCCAGAUUAAAGACACUGAGCUGCUCCUCGCAUCGCAUCAGGAUCAGCUAGCAGAACUCAAGUCGGUCAUGCAAGGAAUGCACAUAUCCAAGGAUGACGUUGACUAUCGCGCGGCGUCCACUGCACCUUCAUCUCCUUCAGGGCUCUCUAAAAUGCAAGGGGCCACGCAUGAACCUGCGCCGAACCAUGUUGCCGCACGCCCAUGUAACCCGGAGGAACAUAUUCCAGGCGCCUCGUGUAAUUUCCCAGAGAUUCUUCGGAUGGUGUGCCGCACUGAUCUGCAAGCCUAUGAUGACUUCCGAGAGCUUCUCACCCUUUCACGGAGCUCUAAGCCGCCUAGUCGCGCUGGUAGUGGCUCAUAUGCAGGCUUGAAUGUGAUGAGCUUAGCUGGCUUUGGCUCUGGCUCAGCAUCUGCGAACAACUCACCUACGAAGGGCGUUGCGGGCUCUCCAAGUAGCUUGGCGUCUCAACUGGGCUCGCAUAUCCCUUUGAAAGACACUCGAUUCUACAAGCGGGUGCUCAUGGAAGAUAUCGAGCCUACUUUGCGACUUGACUUGGCCCCAGGAAUUUCAUGGCUUACUCGCCGGACUGUCAUCAGCGGCAUCUGCGAAGGAACUUUGGUGGUGGAGCCAAUGCCAAACACGACAAAGAAAUAUGAGUUCCCCUGCACCGUCUGUGGCGAGCGCAGACCAGGGCCUCAAAAUGAAAGAACCCACCGGUUCCGAACAUCGGAGAGUGAGACAGCCCAGCGAUACUCGUUGUGUGUUCAGUGCUUGGAACGAAUUCGUUCGUGCUGUGAGUUCACUGGGUAUCUGCGACUGAUUCUUGAUGGACAUCUAAAGGCUGGUGAUCAUGAGGAGGAGAAGGACAUCUGGGAAGAAACUGUUCGGCUCAGAGAGCGGAUGUUCUGGUCUCGGAUUGCGGGUGGGAUUGUUCCACUAGUCCGACGGGUUGCUGAGCCUGAAGCUGAGGCGGAAAGCACAGAAUCGAACUUGGACGUCUCGGAAAAGACUUACGAAACUGGUCUCCUUCACCCUACUGAUAAUACUCUCGUUGAAUCUAAGCCAUAUGAUAUGUCUGGUUCGUUUGAGUCUACCCGGAGCCAGAGAGAUUCCAGCAUUUUUGCUCCCUCUCUCCCUGAUUUUGACAUGGCAAAGCCCGGAACGCCUGAGCCUCAUAGCUUGCAGGCCAAGAACAUUGAUGACUCCACCUCUGAUGUGCCUCCGAGACGAGGCUCUGUUGAUUCCGACAUGAGCGUCUACGAAGAAGCCAAUGCAAUUGCAGAGACCGAAUUUACUGAGUCCGAGGAAGCUCGGACCCCAACAGUGCAUGAAGAACAAAGCACUGAAGUUACUGGCCAAAAUACCCAAUAA